GCGUCCGUCCGCUUAUAGGAUAGCAAAGUUAUGUAAGCGUCGUUUGUCGUUGCACUAAUUUCAAAGUAACUUGUUUGACGCGACAACCCAAAUGCUGAAGCCACGGUUAUCAUUCUGCUUCUCCCGCAGCUAUGCAACUCGUAUCGCAGAAAAGCCCCCUGCGCGUUUUCCAGAUCCAUUGCUGAACCAUCCGAAUGUUGUUGUCAAAACACUCAAGGACGAGAACUUGACCUUUAUCCAUCGUCCUCCCCCAACAGCGCCCUCACCUCAUUCAACAACUUUAGCUCCCGCUUCUCCUUUGCUCAAGUCUCCAACACCGCUCAAUAAACGUGCACCCAUGCCACCAUUGUUGCGGCCUUCAGCAUAUAAUGCUGCACCAUCACGAAUGUUGGACGAGGACAUGAAGCAGCUACGAAAACUGAGGCUGUCUAAUCCAGAAAAAUACAGCCGUGCUAAACUUGCAAGGAUGUUUAAGUGCACGCCAAAUUUUGUGUCCAAAAUUGCUGCUCUUCCCAGACCCCAACGGAAGGAGUUCGCCAGGAAGAUGGAGGUGGAGCACGAGACUGUGAGGGAGCAGUGGGGAGAGAAGAAGUCUACUUUUGUCGCUAUCAAACAGAAACGCCGUGAAUUCUGGUGAUAUGGGCCUAGCGGACAGAGCCCCAUGGAGAACAUAUCUUGUGUGGCAGACUUUAAUAGGAUAUGUCCAGUAUAGUCGGGUAGUCUGAGAUGAUUCUGCUCAUCUUACACCAAUCAAGUUUCACGUUGACUCAUCCUAGUGUGACGGAGACCGAGAAACGUGUUCC